AAGCUCUGCCUCUUGCCUGUGAGAAGUCAGCCGUCGUUCUGGGGGCAGAGAGAGAGAGAGAGAGAGAGAGAAUGGCUUCGUCGUCGUCGUCGUCAACGUCGCCUGGAGCUACUGAGAGAAGAGGAAUACCAGGAGCUCAAUUCGUUGAGGAUGUUCAGACCUAUCUCGACCAAUCAGGACUCGACGUCAACUCCGCCCUCGCUUUUCUUCAAGAAAGGCUUCAGCAAUACAAGUUGGUUGAGAUGAAACUUCUUGCUCAACAAAGGGAUCUUCAGGCGAAGAUCCCGGAUAUUGAGAAAUGCUUAGAUGUGGUUGCAACUUUGCAAGCUAAGAAGGGUGCCGGUGAGGCACUGAUUGCUGAUUUUGAAGUCUCGGAAGGCAUAUAUUCGCAGGCUCGCAUUGAGGAUACUGACUCAGUAUGUUUAUGGCUUGGAGCAAACGUCAUGUUGGAAUAUUCUUGUGAAGAGGCCACUUCUCUAUUACAAAAAAAUUUAGAAAAUGCUAAAGCCAGUUUAGAGGUACUUGUAGCUGAUCUUCAAUUCUUAAGGGAUCAAGUGACAAUUACUCAGGUGACCAUUGCUCGGGUGUAUAAUUGGGAUGUUCAUCAACGCCGGCUCCGACAAGCAUCACCUGCUGCUAAAGACUCGUGAAAUAAAUUCUUACUCCUGCCAAGAUAUGGAGGUGGUAGAAUAUGUUUUCAGUUGAGAGCAUGGUUCCAAAAAGUUAGAUUUUGGUGAAUGGAUUAUCUGCUGUAAUUUUGUGCAUUAGAUAAUUCUUAUUAGGUAUUUGUUACAUCUUAACCUCCAGUAGAAGUUAUUGUCGCUGAAGCUAAUCUGCUGUGGAAUUAUAGUUUUGAUGCUUGAUGGUUUUUGGCUCGGUCUGUAACAUCAAAAGAUCUUUUUAUUUUUUUUGUUUUUAGACUGCUGGAGACGUAUUGUUGUGUAAUUCACCCAAAUUAUUAAUUUUUUUUUUUUUUUUUU